GUGACGUAAGCCCCGUCCCGCGCGGUGACAUUGGGACAGACAGCGGAAGAACGCAGCGGCUGCUGGGUAAAGGGAGCUUUCUGCCCGCGUGCCGGUCACGGAGUCCUCUGUUCCGCAGCGCGUGAAAGGAGACGCGAACCAGGAAGGAUGGGAGCUUCUGUGUCUACACCUGCUGCUCCGACGGUCCAGGCGGAGGCUGUGGCUGCUGCUCCUCAGGGCUGCCCCAUGCACCAGGAGGUCCAGAUCCUUAAGAAAGCCUCGCCUCCCCCCGAGUGUCCCAUGCACCAAGCCCCGCCCAUCAAAGCUUCUCCACCAUCAGAGUGUCCCAUGCACAAAGCUGAGCCCGGUCCAGCCCACCAGGACCGGGCCUAUGAGUUUGUGGAGUGUCCAAUGAGAGCUGCAGCCGGUGUGCAGACUGACAUUGAUCCAGCUAACAUGAUGCCUCCUCCAAACCAGAGUCCGGCUCCGGACCAGCCCUUUUCCCUCUCUGUGGCCAGAGAGGAGUCCACCAUUCCCCGCCACGGCACCGAGAAGAACUGGGUCUAUCCAUCCGAGCAGAUGUUCUGGAAUGCCAUGCUGCGGAAAGGAUGGCGCUGGAGAGAUGAAGAUCUGGCUGCUCCAGACAUGACCAACAUCAUAAAGAUCCACAACAAGAACAACGAGCAGGCCUGGCAGGAGAUCCUCAAGUGGGAGGCUAUGCAUGCAGGAGAGUGUCCGUGUGGGCCCACACUGAAGAGGUUUGGGGGCAAAGCCAAAGAGUUCUCCCCCCGAGCACGCCUCCGCCACUGGAUGGGGUACGAGCUGCCCUUCGACCGCCACGACUGGAUCAUCGACCGCUGUGGCAGAGAGGUGCGCUACGUCAUCGACUACUACGAUGGGGAAAUCAACAAGGACACUUACCAGUUCUCCAUCCUGGACGUGCGCCCCGCCUUCGACUCUUUGGGGGCUGUGUGGGACCGCAUGAAAGUGGCGUGGUGGCGCUGGAGCUCCUAAGAACUGACUUGUUCAGAGGUCACUCUCUCAAGGACUGUGUUGAAUAUUUAACGUGUUGGCAUGCGAGGAAGACGAGCAGUUUGAGUGUGCGGCACUUCAGAAGAUUGUCACUCUGCUUUCAUGCUUUGUGGUCAAAGGCAGCGUCCUGCAUGUCAUGUGACGGAUGAUGUGGGUUAGUUUAAAGCUGCAGACAUCCAGCUGGAAGCAGCAGAGAUGUGGAGCUCUCAACCACAGUUCAUCAGGGGUUGAUCUGGUCUGCUGCCCCAGAUCCAUAAUCCAGAAAAGUAAUAGACUGAUGAGAACGGUUACAGGUUAUGGGUCAAGUCGUAUCUUCUCUUCUCUUUUGUGUUUUCAGAAUGUUUCCUCCACAAAGAUUCUUCUGUUCUGAGGCAUCAAACCUUGAAUAAAACCUGCAGAUCUGUGUGUCGUCA